GGUAAGCUCUGGUUGCCAGCUCAACAGCGAGCAUGACUUCUUCUUCUCUCCCUCCCGCUCCUUCUUGCUCAGUGUGUCUCAUGUAUAGUUAUCCCCCUGCCUCCCUUAAUGAUAACGAUACAUGCAACAAGUGUAGUUUAUUUGCUAGGUUGGAGGCAGGUCUAAGUGGGUUAGAUGCACGGCUCCGCGCUAUCGAAGCUCAGACAGCUAUGCUAGUUAGCCCGCCCUCUCCCGUAGCCGGCGCGGAGCUACAGUCAGCUGUUAGCUGUUCCCCGGUGGUGCCCGAUCAGCCGGGAUCGUGGGUAACUGUUCGCAGGAGUAGUAAGUCUACACAGAAGCCCGCUGUGCACCAACCACUUCACGUUUCAAACCAGUUUUCCCUGCUCAGCGACACACCCGCUGAGGAACACACCCUGGUUAUCGGGAGCUCUAUAGUCAGGAAAGUGAAAAUAGCGAAGCCACGGACCAGAGUCGUGUGCCUCCCGGGGGCCAGAGCGGGCGACGUGGAGUCUUGUUUGAAGCUGCUGGCUAAGGAUAAGCGGAGAUACAGUCAGAUUGUAAUACACGCCGGUGGUAAUGACGCCCGAGCCCGUCGGUCGGAAGUCACUCAAAUUAAUGUGGAAUCGGUGUGUGCUUAUGCCAAGACGUUGUCGGACACCGUAAUUUUCUCUGGCCCUCUCCCAAAUUUGCAGACAGACGAAUUGUAUAGCCGAAUGUCAUCUUUCAACCGCUGGCUGUCGAGGUGGUGCCCAGCGAAUAAUGUGGGCUACGUAGACAACUGGAAGACUUUCUGGGGAAAACCUGAUCUGAUGAGGAGAGACGGCAUCCAUCCCACGUUGGACGCGCGUCUCAUUUCUGCGAAUAUGACCAAGUUGAUCACGGACUUAAUCCAUGACAACCCAGGGUUCAGAUCAGGAACCGGGAGCAGAGUUGUAGUUUAACACCCUUCUCUGCUCUUCCAUUCGAGCAGUUACCCACCCAUGACUUUAGAGUAGAGACUGUGUCUGUCCCACGGCCACUUCAAUUAAAUAAAUUAAAAGUAAGCAGAAGAGGAGUCGUACACAAUAACCUUAUACAAGUUAACACCAUUAUUUCAGCAGUGCAACAAAAUAGGUCUAUUAAAUGUGGUCUCCUAAAUAUUCGAUCUCUGUCAUCUAAAGCUGUGUUACUAAAUGAUUUAAUAUCAGAUAAUCACAUUGAUUUAUGUUGCCUAACUGAAACCUGGCUGAGCCAUGAAGAAUAUGUCUGCCUGAAUGAAUCGACUCCUCCAAGUCAUAUUAAUACUCACAUUCCUCGAGGCACCGGUCGAGGAGGUGGAGUAGCAGCCAUCUUUGAAUCGAGCCUAUUAAUUAAUCCUCAACCAAAAUUACACUACACCUCAUUUGAAAGCCUUGUUCUUAGUCUUUCACAUCCAACCUGGAAAACACUACAGCCAAUUCGAUUUGUGAUUCUGUACCGCCACCAGGUCCAUAUUCAGAGUUUAUAUCUGAAUUCUCAGAAUUUAUAUCAAGUUUGGUUCUUAAAACCGAUAAAGUUAUUAUUGUUGGAGAUUUUAAUAUCCAUGUGGAUGUUGAUAAUGAUUGCCUUAGUGCUGCAUUCAUCUCCUUGUUGGACUCGAUUGGCUUCUGUCAGAGAGUACAGAAACCCACUCACAGCUUUGGCCACACGCUUGAUCUUGUUCUUACUUAUGGCGUUGACAUUGAGCAUUUGAACGUCUUCCCACAGAAUCCUCUUCUGUCAGACCACAACCUCAUAACUUUUGAAUUUAUACUACCGGAGUGUACUCCGUUAGUCAAAAGUUUCUACACCAGAUGUCUAACUGACAGUGCUGUAGCUAAAU